AUGUUAGAUAAGAAAGCUGACAAAACAGAGCUUCAAACAUUAAAGACUGAAAUACUUCAAACAUUAUAUCCUGUUGGUUCUAUUUAUACGUCAAUGAACUCAACAAAUCCCGCAACAGUUCUGGGUUUUGGUACGUGGAAGCAGAUUGUAGAUAAAUUCUUAUACUGUGCUAACUAUUCAAAGCAAACAGGAGGUUCGAAGAAAAUUAAAGAAGCAAACUUACCUGCGCGCACUCAUACAGGAACGACAAACUUUUCUGGCGACCAUAGCCACUCAUUAAGAGACCACCCAUUAUACAACUCAGAGUAUGAAGCUGGCAAUGACGUUUUAUCUACAUCUUAUAACAAUUCAGCAAAAAAGAUUUUUCGACCAACUGAACCGGGAGGUAAUCAUUCACACACUUUCACAAUAAAUCCAACAGGCUCGGGUGCAGAUUAUAUGCCAUCAUUUAUGACUGUAUUCGCAUGGUACCGCGUUCAUUGA